AUGGCUAGAAAUACAUCUAAGAUCACAAAGCGAGCUUUGAAUGCUUGCACCCGAUGCCGGAGGCAAAAGAUCAAAUGCUCCGGGUCUCAACCAUGCGAUAGCUGUAACAAAAGGAAACUCACAUGUAUCUUCGAUGAUCGGGAUCAGAAAAUUCUUGUGACUAGAGGUUAUCUUGAGGAGCUGGAGCAAAAGAUAGCUCUAUUGCAAAAAAAUGAUCGAGAACCCAUACCCCUCAGUCCGGAAUAUCAGGAAGAUCGUUCACCUCACUCCAAUGGCCACAAUGACGCUUCAGAAUUGUCACAGCCGUCCCCAUUGGACGAGAAAGAUGACUCUCAUAUACAGCAGGAACUUGAGGAUCCAGCGUCAAGCUUAACAAACCCAUUAUCAACGGGACCACCAGCUUUCAUGUCUGCUGAGAAUGGACGAACCUUUUAUUUGGGAACAUCCUCAAAUUGGUCAUUCACCCGCAGGGUAUUAAGCUUAACACAUGAGCAUAUCUAUCAGGAGUCACUUCCAACGGGAGCAUUGGCAUUUGACGGUGCAAUUUAUGAUUUAGGCUGGGGCGGGCUGCGAACACCACAUCGGACCGAUAUUCCUACAGUUCCAUCAUUUGAUCACGCCAUGUAUCUGAUCAACACGGUGAAAUUCCGCUGUGGACAGCUUUACCAUCUCUUUGACGAGACUGAGUUUAUGGCGGGUCUUCACGAUUUCUACUCGCGACCGCGAUCAACCUCGCCCGGGGGGCUGUGGUAUGUUCAUUUCCUUCUCAUGCUUGCUUUUGGGAAAGGGUUUGUACAACAUAAAAUGCAAGGCAAUAAGCCGCCAGGAGGAGAGUUUUUUGUGAGGGCACUGCAGCUUUUGCCCGACAUCAGUGUGUUGCAUCAAGAACCCAUCGAGUCCGCGGAGAUUCUAUGCUGCAUUGCACUAUUUCUGCAAGCCCUAGACUACAGGUCAUCAGCACAUAACUACAUCGGAUCAGCUAUGCGGAUGGCCAUGGCCGAAGGGAUGCAUACUCAAAUGCCGAUCGAAUAUCUCGGCGAACAUACAGUUCAACGAUGUCGCAAAAUCUGGUGGACAGUCUACAUCCUAGACCGUGAGAUGACUUCCCUCAUGGGACUUCCCCAGUCUCUCAGUGAUUCCCAUGUAGAUGCCUUGCUCCCCGAAUUCCCCGGUUCAAUGCAACGGACUGCAGGGAUCAACAUGCAUAUCAAGCUGUCAAGGAUCAUUGCAGAAAUAAGCGGCACUGUCUACGCCAUUGAUGGCCGCCUCAAUCGAAACUUUUUACUUCGCACAAAAUCCGCCUUGGCCAGUAUAGCCCGACUGGCCGAUGAGCUUCACAACACCUUUCCCCUACAUCUAGAUCGAACAAGCAGUGGUGUUUCAAGGACAUCCGCCUAUCUUCACCUCUUAUAUCACCAGUGCAUUGUUGUCGCUACCCGUCCCUUACUCUUCUGCUUCCUCAAAAUCCGAUUUGAGUCCCCCGAAAACUGCCUCGAUGCUUUAAGCACAUCACGGAAUGUCCGCAACCUAAUUCAAAUGUGUCUCGAGUCUUCACAACAAAUGAUCAACAUUCUCCACUGUCUUCAAUCUGAGGAUCUUUUGGAAACAUUCCUAUCCUUCGACCUCGAAUCCAUCUUCGUAUCAACCGUCGCUCUUCUCAUGGCACCCGCCAUAGAUUCUAGAUGGUCCUACCCAGUAUGGCUUGAGAAAGCAUACACUAUCUUCGAAGAAAUCAUCGAAAGCGGAAACCUCAUUGCAAAAUUCCGCCGAUCGGAGCUUCAACUACUAGACGAGCUUCUAAGCUGUUUCCCGCAAGAACCAUCAAGAUGCUUAUCUACCCCUGUUUCGUUUCCAAACAUCGGUAAUAAUAAUAGCACCAGUAUUCAGCUUGCAAGCUCUUUUCCCCCUUCAGCUGCAAAUCCUCUCGCUCAUGAUGUGUUGUCGGAUCCCGGACUGAGUCUGGAUGAUGAGUGUGGUUUAACGAUGGGAUUGACGGCGGCCCAAAUUAUGGCUGUUGCGGACUCGAUUGAGAGCAUUGAUACUGAAUGGAUGUCAAAUGCUAUGAUUGAACAUAGUAUUUGGUAA